GCUGCUAAUUUCACUCUGAAUGCAGGAUUAUGUGCCUUCAGUUACUGGUUGGGUGCAGCAGUCCUCUCAGAAAUGUCUCUCCCAUAUCUUUUUGCAUCGUUUAGCGCUGGCUGCAUACUUUUGCAGCUCGCAGCAGAUAUGAUACACUACAGAUAUACUACAACACUACACCAAGUUAUUGGUGUAGCAGCAGAACUGCAUGUACACAGGAAUAAGACUACACUGAUGGUAGUCAGAAAAAGGGUAUAAAAUUACUUGGGUUUGGGAUGGGUCAGUGAGGAUCACACCGAGAGUCCCAGGAUCUCAUGACUUAUUAAGUAAAGGAGGCUGACAGUGAAGGUGUAGCUCUUUCAGCUCUGCCCUGAAACCUCUUCUCUCUGUGGUCACAGCCUGUCCCCCAAAACUGAAAAAUGGCAAAUGCGCAAGUUCCUGUUGCUACGGUCGGUCCACUGGGAGACAGCCCAGUUCAGAUCGCCUGCCCUAACUGCCAUCAGAUAGUCCUCUCCAAGGUGGACUACGCUGCUGGAUUGCUCACUUACCUUUUCUGCGGAGGGCUCUUCUUCUGUGGCUUUGUUUUAGGCUGCUGCCUCAUCCCAUUCUGUGUGGACCGUCUGAAGGAUGCCAAGCACACCUGUCCUGUCUGCAAGACUGUACUUGGGGUGUAUAAACGCUUAUAACUCAAAGACCUGCAUCAAUUUAUACAUGGCAUUUUGCAAACAAAAGACACUUACAAAAGGUCACACUCAUAACGGAAUAACUGAUAAUCUUUUGACUAAUUUGCUGUUGGUGUACAUAUGAAACCUUUGAAUAUUAAAACACUGACACCAAGCAAAUAACGAGCUCUGAUGACUGUUUUAAGGCUGUUUAAUAUGUGUUUAUUAUUAAUCUCUCAAAUACAUUUUCAUAGUAAGACUGAAUAAAGAAAGUACUAUCAUGAAAA